AUGCCAUAUUAUCGACUAAAGGACCUGAUAAAGGCAAUACGUGCCUGCAAAACAGCAGCUGACGAACGGGCCGUCAUACAAAAAGAAUCAGCCACCAUUCGUACCAGCUUCAAGGAAGAAAACAACGAUGCGCGUCAUGCCAACGUAGCAAAACUGCUCUACAUUCAUAUGCUGGGGUACCCAGCACAUUUUGGACAAAUCGAGUGUUUGAAACUGGUUGCGUCGAAUCGAUUUGCCGAUAAACGACUGGGAUAUUUGGGAAUUAUGCUUCUUUUGGAUGAGAAUCAAGAGGUUUUGACGUUGGUGACUAAUUCGUUGAAAAACGAUAUGAAUCAUUCAAAUAUGUAUAUUGUAGGAUUGGCAUUGUGUACCUUGGGUAACAUUUCAUCUCCUGAAAUGGCACGUGAUUUAUGUGCAGAGGUGGAAAAAUUACUUGGCAGCACUAACACAUAUAUUCGCAAAAAGGCGGCUUUAUGUGCUAUGCGCAUCAUCAGAAAAGUCCCGGAUCUUCAAGAGAAUUUCUUUAGUCGUGCAAAGUCUCUAUUGAAUGACAGAAAUCACGGUGUCUUGCUCACUGGUACGACUUUUAUUACGGAAUUGUGUCAUCAGAAUUCUGAGGCUUUAGAGACAUUCCGCAAAGCUGUUCCUUUAUUAGUUCGACAUAUGAAGAGUUUAGUGACAGCAGGAUAUUCACCGGAACAUGAUGUGACUGGUGUGACAGAUCCCUUUCUUCAAGUCAAAAUAUUAAGACUUUUACGGAUUUUAGGAAAGGGUGAUUCAGAAGCCAGUGAAGCGAUGAAUGAUAUUCUUGCUCAGGUGGCAACAAACACUGAAUCUGCCAAAAAUGUGGGAAACUCAAUUUUGUACGAAACAGUACAAACCAUCAUGGAGAUACAGUCAGAACCCGGUUUACGUGUACUAGCAAUUAACAUUCUCGGCAAAUUUCUCACAAAUCGAGAUAACAAUAUCAGAUAUGUUGCGCUCACUACCUUGAAUAAGACGGUGUCCAUUGACGCUAAUCCGGUACAACGACAUCGUAAUAUUAUUCUAGACUGUUUGCGAGACGGUGAUAUUUCAAUUAGAAGGCGGGCACUAGAACUCGCGUUCGCUUUAAUUAACGAGUCGAAUGUUCGUGUGUUGACUAGAGAAUUGUUGGCGUUUUUGGAGGUGGCUGAUAACGAAUUCAAACAGGGAAUGACGACGAAAAUAUGUCUGGCUGCUGAUCGAUUUGCUCCUAAUAAGCGAUGGCACAUCGACACAGUGUUACGUGUCCUGAAAUUGGCUGGAAACUAUGUACGCGAAGAAAUAUUAUCGAAUUUCAUUCGAUUAAUAGUGCUGACUACCGAUUUGAACGCAUAUACAGUGCAAAAGCUGUAUGCUGCUUUGAAGACUGAUAUUUCUCAAGAAUCACUUACUUUAGCGGGGGUAUGGGUAAUAGGAGAGUAUGGUGAUAUUCUAUUGAAAGGCGGUAGUUUCGAGGAAGAAGAAAUUGUGAGAGAGGUAACUGAAUCUGAUGUUGUCGAUCUAAUGGAAUCGAUAUUGGCCGGACCCUAUGCAAAUCAAGUUACGCGCGGAUUCGUGCUCACCGCUCUUAUGAAAUUAACGGCGCGGUUCACGAAUUCAGUAGUAAUACAGCGAAUACAAGCCAACCUCGAGAGAUUCAGCACGAGCAUCGAAGUCGAGAUACAGCAACGCGCUGUCGAAUAUAAUAAUCUAUUCAAGGUCGAGUCCAUUCGACCGGCUAUUCUUGAGAGGAUGCCGGCACCUGAAGUUAAAGAUGAGACGAAUACGAAUCGUCCAACCGACGAUGUUGCUGUUGGAAAUAGCGAAACUGGAACCCUUUUGGACCUGGCUGGUUUGUCAAAUUCAGGAAAGGCUGUCGAAACUAAAAAUACUGUCGAUAUAUUGGAGGAUAUUUUCGGCAACGUUGCAACUGCUGUGCCCACUACAUCCUCUAAAAAGGAUGAUAUAAUGAGUUUAUUUGACAUACCAAAUAAUACAACUACUACUGCUACAAGUAAUAAGGCUACAACAGUUCUAGGCGCCAAACCAGCCAAUCCCUUGGAUAGCUACACCGCUUAUGAUGAAAACGGUUUUAAGAUUACACUUGAUCCCUCAAAAGACGCGAGUAGCCCUAACGUUCUUAAUAUUAUGGUGACUUUCCAUAAUGUCGCGGUUGGUAGCCAAAUACAAAACUUAUUAUUCCAAGCUGCGGUUCACAAGACUCAAAAAUUACAAAUGCAAACUCCUUCAUCAACAAAUAUUGCACCUGGUUCAACUGCUACGCAGCUUAUUCGAGUUGCUAAUCCUCAAAAGACAAAUGUUCGAUUAAAACUUCGAAUAGUUUAUCAAACGUCGCCCGACACGAAAAUAGAUGAGAUUACCGAGUUUAGCGGGUUCCCACAGGAGGUUUGGUAA